AUGGGCUUCCAGGGGAAGAAGAAGAAGACCCAGCCGCAGGGCUCGGCAUCGGUAGACCCCGAGGACCAGACCUUGGCCGACCGCCUCCGUGAACUCAAUGUGGCACAGGCCGGAGCGGCAGCGGCCUGCCCUUCUCCCCGCCAAGGCGCCACUACCGAAGGAGCUUCCUCCCGAGCGGCCGGCAAACGGCCCUUCACCGUCGACCUGGAUGCCGAACCGGCCCCAAAACGAGGACGGCAGGCCGAGCCAACUCGGGCUAUCUUCGCUGCUGAAAAUGACGAGGAGCCUGCCGAUCCCGUCACCCUGGCCUGUCCGUCGAAGACGGUCCAGUUCGCGAACCACAUGAUCAUUGGUUCGCAAAUGGAGCUGAACGAGAUCGAGGAGCUGCCGAAGAAGCUCCUCCGAGAGGAGGCGGGUCGCGCCUUCCGUCUUCAGGCAUCGGCUUCGAUGGAUAUGUGGCUUUGCAUGAAGCGGGCCAUCAACGCGGCUGAGAAGGCGAAGAAGGCCUAUGACGACGGCAGGGCCAGGGUUGCCGAGGCUGGCAAGGCUAUCCAGGACCAUGCGAACCUGGUGAAGGAUUUGCAAGCUGCCGAACGGCAGGUCAGGGUAUAUGAGUCCAAGUUCGCAGAUCUGUCGUCUGCCCUGGAGUCGGCACAGUUGUCGGCCAAAAAGGCUCUGGAGGCAAAGGAGGCCGUUGAGGUGGCUCUGGAGGAGUCGGAACGGGCCAAAGCGGCGGAGAUUGAGGCUGCCGUCCAGGAGGCCAUUCGGAAGUAUCGCCACUCUACCGAUUUCUCUACCUUGCUCGACAAGGAGGUGGGCUCGGAGAUGGUAGAUCUCAUCUACCGAUUCAAGCGGUACAAUCCUGGGACGAAGCUCACCUGA